CGGAAGCCCUAAAUCCCCUAAUUCUAAGCAGACAACCUCUUCAAAGAGGUUGGGUUUGGGAGGGUUUUACCAUCUUGGCUCUUCUUCACUUCUUAAAACUGGCAAAUGUUUUCACAGUGGUUAUCACAUUGCCACAUCUCAGAGAAGUUUUGGGGUAUGCUUUAGCGCCGGGGCCGGCAUUGAACCAGCAGCUGCUGGAUCUUUCCCAGAUCCUAAUACACUAAAGGGUUGGCUGAUUGGGAUUCUGAUAUCUAUGGUUAUACCAUUUCUCCGUCACAAAUUAGGGUCUCUUACGCAAAUUAAAAAUUCUAUAGAACAGGCGGAAGAAGUGGUCCACAGUUUAGAGAAGGUGGCGGAGGUGGUGGACAAAGUGGCUGAAGAUAUAGGUGAGAAUCUUCCGGCCGGAAAAUUGAAAGAUGCGGUGGCGUUGGUGGAACAUGCGGCUGAGAAAGCGGAUAAGAAUGCUGAAAAGUUAGAAGAGCUAAUUGAUAAGGUGGAAGAAAUGGAAGAAAAGGUGGAGGAAGGCAUUGAGUCGUUUGUUGAAAUGGCGAGCAACAAAUCUCAAGAAUAUACUCUUAAUAAAUCUGCAAGUGUGAAAAAUUUGUAAACCCAAAAUGGAGUACGGACAAUUUCACCAGUUUUACUUUCUUUUUUUAUUAUUUCAAAAUAAGUAUCAUAUUAUUUUAGUUUCAAG